AUGGCCAAGGAGAAGCAACCACUAAUGGAUCUAGAGCAAGGAAUAAAGCUAACCAGCAUGGAGAAUGUAACCGGAACUGAUAACGUGGGUAAAUGGAGCGAAGGUUUUUGUGAUCCAUCGGCUCUUACUCAAAAAAACCUGAGAAAGCUAAUUAAGGCAAUAUCGGCCAACACUAAACCGGCAUCUGGCUCCCAACCUGAGAUUCCCGGUUUAUGGUCUUCUUCGUUUAGCAAAGAGUAUUGUUGCAUCUAUAGAGUGCCUAACUGGUUACGCCGAGUUAACCCAGAGGCUUACACUCCUCAGAUGCUUCUACUCGGUCCACUUCAACAUUCUAAGAAAGCUGAAGCUCUUGAGCUUUCCAAAACCGAUUUAAGAUAUAUGAACUAUAUGAACAUGGAACAUCACAAGAAGAUGUAUCAUAUGGAAAUUGCACAUAGAUAUGGGACUGAAACCAUCAUAGAGUUCAGCAGAAUCAUUGAGAGAGAUGAACAUAUCAUAAGAGCAAGCUAUGCCGAAUCAACGGAGUGGAUCAAAUCUGCAGAGUUCGUGGAAAUGAUCAUACACGACGCUGUUUUCUUACUAGGGUUCUUCCUUCAGACCGGAACUCAAAAGUAUCAAAGGAACGAAGAUAUUCUUUUCGAUGUUCCCUGUCAUAUAACCCCUAUUCUAGAAGACCUAAUCUUGCUCGAGAACCAACUUCCUUAUGCUCUUUUAGAAAAUCUUUUCGAACCUUUUCUCUUUCAGUUUAGAUUUGAGGAAACGCUCCGUGACAUUAUCCUUCGAGUUUUUAGGUUUGAAGGGAAAUUGAAAAAAAAUGUGAAGUUCAGACAUUUUACAGAUUUGUUUCGACGUGUCCGUGUGGCAACACUUGGUUUGCCUGAAGAUAGAGCUGAGCAACCGAAGAUCAUAAAGAGUCUAUACAAUGCAGACAAACUAGACAGUGCAGGAGUCGAGUUUGCGAAUGUGGGUGAAGAAAAUGAUUUAUCGUUGGUGAUUGUUUUCAAAGGAGGAGUCUUGACGAUGCCUUGUUUCACAGUUGAAGAAAACACCGAGAGGGUUAUGAGGAACAUAAUGACACUUGAGCAGUGUCAUUACCCUCUUUCUGCUUAUGUUUGUAACUAUAUUGCCUUCUUAAAUUUCCUCAUCGACACUGACGCAGACGUUGACUUGCUUGUCAAGAAAGACGUUAUAAAGAAGAAUAAGAACUGGUUAGGGCAUCAAGGAUCGGUGGCAGAAAUGGUGAAUAAGCUGUGUUUAGGGCUUGUGGACUUUGGAUCUUACUAUGAGCCUAUAGCUGAAAAACUCAAAAAGCACUACAAUAGCAGUCUCCACAGAUCCGUGGCCACGCUCCGACGAGUCUACUUCAAAGAUAUUUGGACCGGAACUGCCACCGUGGCAGCCGUUGUUCUCCUUAUUUUGGCUUUAGUUCAGACGGUGGCUUCUGUUCUCCAAGUGACGCAGAGCGACCCCAAGUCACCACCACCUCAAGCUCCUCCCCGAGGAAAGUAG